AUGACCCGAAUCUCCCGAAGAAGCACAAAUCAAGGCAGAAACAAGCUUUUGGAUGGCGAUCAAUCACCUAACAGGGAAAACCCGAACCCGAAAACCCGAUCACUCUCUGGAAAAGCCCGAACUCCCAGUCGGGUCCUGAACUCCACCAUCGUCGCUUUGUUUGCUUCCGGUGUUCUUCUUAUCGUGGUCGGACUGUAUAUGAAGAAUUAUUUGAUAAACCCUGCGGUGGAGAAUUUGAAGCCUAGGGUUGUUACACCAUUGCCUGCACCCAAGCUCAUGGAUCUUCCUAUGUUUCAAGGAGAGCACAAGGAAAGUUUAUACUGGGGGACGUAUAGGCCCCAUGUUUAUUUUGGGAUUCGAGCACGGACUCCACAAUCUCUACUUGCCGGAUUGAUGUGGAUUGGUGUUAAGGAUGGGCAAUAUUCCAUGAGGCAUGUGUGCCAAGAUUCAGAUGACCUAAAGAAAUAUGGUUGGACACAUCAUAAUGGGCGUGAUUAUGGUCGUCAGGUAUUGGUUGACCAAAAAUUGGCAUUGACUACAAGUUUUUUGAAGUCAAAGGAUAAAGAGAGCGGCUAUGGGGGUGAUUGGGCAAUCCGAAUUGAAGCACAAAGUGAAGGACUUAAUGAGGAAACGGCCAAAAGUGUGCACCUUUUCUUUUAUGUGGCAGAUGAAGGUAUUGGAACUCUUGGUCUGGGUAAAGGCACCUCAGAUGUUCCUGAUGAUUACCUCCUUGCAUUUGGUUCACGAAAUGAUCUUGGUAGCUGGGAGCUUCAUUUGGAUUCGAAGGAUGAGUUUGAGUUCCACUAUGCUGGUUUCAAGACACGCCAUUUUCACAAUUUAUCUGAUCUUGUUCAAGCUAAUCUUGGUAUUCAGGCUAGGAAUAUUGGUCGAUUACAGCUGUCAGAUACAUCUGAUAAUGCUCCAAAUGUUCUAGUUUUCCAGAUAUCUGCAAUGAUUCCCUUCAAAGCGGAUUUGGCCUUUCUAUCAAAUUCGGAUGGUUUCACUUCAAGAGUGAAAGAACGUAUGAAGAGCCUCACAGGCAACUCUUUGGCCAACCGUCUAGAGCAGAAGCAGAAGCAAUUUGAUGAGAAGUUCCAAAAUUGCUUUAAAAUGUCUGAUGAGCUGUCUUCUGAAGCCAUUACAGUAAGUAAAGCAGCUCUUGGGAAUUUGUUGGGUGGGAUUGGUUACUUCUAUGGUCAAUCAAAAAUCUCACUUCCACCAUCCUCCAAUCCUGUGCCUGGUGACAAUUAUAUUUCAUAUUGGCCAGCUGAGCUAUACACAGCGGUACCAAGUCGUCCCUUCUUUCCUAGAGGGUUUUUGUGGGAUGAAGGUUUUCACCAGCUGUUGAUCUGGCGUUGGGAUGUUGAGAUUUCUUUGGAUAUUAUAGGGCACUGGUUGGAUCUGAUAAAUGCUGAUGGUUGGAUUCCACGUGAGCAGAUUUUAGGCGCUGAAGCUUUGAGUAAAGUACCAUCAGAGUUUGUGCUUCAGCAUCCAACAAAUGGAAAUCCACCAACAUUGUUUUUGGUUCUAAAAGAUCUGGUUUGUGGCAUGAAGAAAGAUAAGUUUACUGCCUCAGAAGCAAAUAAUAUCUCGGUCUUCUUUCAUCGAGCAUUUACUCGUCUGGAAGCAUGGUUUAAGUGGUUUAAUACUACUCAAUCUGGAAAAGAUGUUGGCACCUACUUUUGGCACGGACGAGACAAUGCAACAAUACGUGAACUGAAUCCUAAGUCGCUGUCUUCUGGAUUGGAUGAUUAUCCGCGUGCAUCACACCCCAGUGAAGAUGAACGCCACGUGGAUCUCAGAUGCUGGAUGCAGCUUGCUGCAGAUUGCAUGAGUUCCAUUUCAACGUAUCUUGAGCGCAGUGAUGCUGGAAAGGAGUAUCACUCCACGGCAAAGUUGUUAUCAGAUUUUGAGCUUUUAAAUCAGUUGCAUCUUGAUUAUAGUAGUGGAACAUACUUUGAUUAUGGAAAUCACACAGAGAAGGUUCGUCUAAGUUGGCGGAUUUUAGAAGCGCCUGGAAGUUAUCCUACUCGUGAACUUGUACGAGAAGUUCUAGAGAGACCUGAGCUGAGAUUGGUCCCUCAUGUUGGCUACGUUAGCCUAUUUCCCUUUAUGGGUAGGCUUAUUCCACCUGAUUCAUGGAUAUUAGAUAAACAGCUCGAUAUCAUCUCAAACAUUAGUAUUCUGUGGACUGAAUAUGGACUGAGAUCUCUUUCCAAAACAAGCUCAAUAUACAUGAAACGCAACACUGAGCAUGACCCGCCUUACUGGAGAGGCCCAAUUUGGAUGAACAUGAACUAUUUGAUUCUUUCUGCUCUAAACUAUUAUUCCCAAGUUGAUGGGCCAUACAAAGACCGGGCGAAGAAUAUUUACAAUGACUUGAGAAGCAAUUUAAUCCGAAAUGUAGUGAGCAACUAUAACCAAACUGGGUACUUAUGGGAACAGUAUGAUCAAAGGAAAGGGAAGGGAAAAGGCGCACGACUAUUUACCGGUUGGACGUCGCUUAUAGUGCUGAUCAUGGCUGAAGCAUAUAAUGAUUGUUAG